AUGGCCCCACCUGGUUCCGCCGCGCAGAACGAGGCCCACUCGAGCCCGUCGUCGGCCGCCGUGCGACUGUGUCGCCGGCUCGCUGUCGAUGCGCGAGCACACGACCAGGGCGUGACUGCUCGCCUGUACUGCAAGGUCGUCGUCCCCACCUCCGCCUCGUACUCCCCAGUUCACCACCACCUCCUCGCCCUCGACCCGCUCUCGACCCUCGCCCAGUCGUUCACCUACGCCCUACCGCUCCACCCUGCCGACCCUCCCGCCGCGCACGCCGCCGCCCGCAACCUCGGCCUGCAGAGCGCCGUACCUCCCCGCCAGGGCGACGACGACGAGGCGCUGCGCCGCGUCAGGCGCCGCAGUUCGGCGGCGUCCGACCUCCUCGAGCGGCUGUCGAGCCCGACGAGUGACGGCGCAGAGAGGAGGAGCGCAGAGGUGUCGGUGCGCGAGGGCGAGGUCGUGCUGUCGAUCGUGUCGGCGGCGCAGGACGGCCUUCGCGCCAAGGCGCAGUCGAGUGCGCCGCGGCCGACGUCGCCGCACGCGAGCGCAACGGCGAGCGCAGAAUUCCUUGUUGUGCUGGAGCUCGAGAUGGCCUUUGGGGCGCUGCGGUUGCCGCGGUUCGCCAACUCGGUCACCAUUCCGACGCCGCUUUGCCUCCGAUCGGAGCUCGCCUUCACCCUUCCCUCCCCGACACCUUCCUCCGCCUCGUCCGCCUGGGACCUCUCGAUCCGGCCCUCGCUCAGCAACGCCGACUCGACCGACCUCGACGGCGGCGCCACCCAGGUCACGGGCUCGUUCCCGUCAUCGCCGUCGCUCUCGUUGCGGUGGGCGCCGCAGCUCGCCGCUGGCGAGGACGUCCCGCUCGUCAUUCCUCGGGCGUCGCUCGAGACGGCGUGGACGGUCGACGAGCGAGGCGGCGCGACGGCCGAGGUGCGCGUGUCGGGCGAGUUCGAGCUUGCGGGCCUGAGGGAGAAGCCCUGGGUCGAGCUCGAGUUCGCGACGCACGAGUUGCCCGAGGUGCGACUCAGCUGGGACGACGAGGGCGACACGCCCGUACUCGCCUACGCGCAGACGUCGAUGCUGGCUCAGCCGCAGGCGUCUGCUCGGCCCAUCUCGAGCCGCGCGUCGACCGCGACGACCGUGUCGACCGCCUCGCCCGCACCGGUCCCGCCUGCCCGAUCGCCUUUCAUUCCUCCCCUGCCUCGCGAGCUCGACGACUUUGCCUCGCCCGUCCUCGACGACUCGCUCCAGUUGCUCGCCUCGAGCAGCGUCACGUCCUCGGUCGCGACGACGCCCUCGUUCCCGUUCACGCCGACCCCGACCUCGCGCCGUCGUCCGCUCAACCCUCGCGCGACCGAGGCUCGCCCGCCGAGCUUCACGUCGCUGUUCGACACGGCGCCCCCAGCACCGCCCGUGCUCGACACGAGCUUUGCCGAGAUGCAGUCGAGCCCGGGCAAGGACGAGCGGCGCCGAGACCUGGCGGCGGUGGGCGUCGGCGCGGCGGGAGGACCUCGCGGCGGGCUGAGCCUCAUGAGGACGCCGGCGCCGUUCGACCCGGAGGCGAGCGCGAUGGACAUGAGCUUCGAGGUGUCGGCGCUCGAGGACGGCGCGUCGGCCGAGGGCGGCGACGAGGUCGAGUCGAGCGGCGCGACCGAGCACAGCUCGCCCGUCCCGCCUCUCUUGCCCGAGACGCCCACAGGCGACGUGCCCGUCGCCAUCAUCGGCGCGCACCUGCGCAUCCAGCUCGACGUCAGCGAGGCGCUGCGCCGGUUCGCCGCCGCCUCGACCCUGCCCGACCCGCCCGCCGCGCCGACUUUCGCGUGCCGCUUCUUCCUCGUCUACUCGCCCGAGUCGACCAUCUCGAAGAACGGCCGUGUCGCGCUCUCGCCGAUCCACAUCCCGGCGGCGCAGAGCGAGGACGCGCUCAUCGUCGUCUCGUCCGCCUCGCCGACCCUGCGCGUCGAGGUCAUCCCGAGCGUGUUCAGCGCCGCCGCCUCGGUCGACGUCGACGCGUCAAACGCGCCGCCGAGCCCACUGCCUGCGCUCGGGCGGAGCGCGCGCUGGGCGACGUCGCGCUGGGCGGGCGCGCCGCCGGGACCGGCGGUCGAGGUCGAGCUGCGGGCCGUCGAGGUGGAGCGCGAGCAGGCCCCACCGCCGCCGCCGCUCCUGAUCGAGGAGGAGGCGCCCGUCGCGCUCGAGGAGGACGAGGAGCGACGGGCCCGAGAGGACGAGGAAAAGGCGGUCGAGGAGGGGCGGGACGAGGUCGAGGAAGACCAGGAGCGGGACCAGAUCAAGGUGGCGGAGGAGGAGCAGGAGCAGGAGGAACAGGAGGAGGCGUCCUCGACGCUCGCCGUCAAGGAGGCGCAGCAGGACGAGCCUGCACCCGACGCCGACGAGCCGGCACCGCUCGACGUCUCGACCCGCACUGAGCAACCCGCCACCCCCUCUCUACCUACACCUGCGCCAUCCUCACCGCCACUACCCGCCUCCCCGUCGCCACCGCUCGCCCGCACGCCGACUCGGUCCCUCUCGCACGUCCGCGUCGAGGUGACGCCUUUCCCGCCGUCCACCUCUUCCGCCGCAGGCGCCGCGACCUGGCGCCUCCUCUACCGCUACGUCCUCGUCCAGCCGUACACGGGCGAGCUGCGCGUGCCGCGACGACCCAUCCGCCCGCUCGAGGGCUGGGGCGCGAGCGGCGCGACGGUCGAGCCGGUCGAGAAGGAGGGCGCGCUCACGGUCGAGGGGCUGCGCGAGGCGGUCGUCGAGGUGGACGUGCCGGUGGCGUGGGUGGCGAAGCGCGAGGUGGUUAAGCUCGACCUGCUCGGGUUCGAGUCGAGCGUCGCCAAGCUCGUCGUCGUCGUCUCGGUCCCUCACGGAUACGAGCUCGGCGACGGGCCGAGCGGGUUCGGGCGAGGUGGCGCCGGCGCCGAGGUCACCUUCACUCGCGCCUCGCCCUCGCCGACCGCGGCCGUCCAGCUCGACCUCGCCUUCCAGCCUCUCGCGCCCAAGGAGGCCACCAUCGUCGAGCGACCCGCACCGCCUUCUGCGCCGAGACGGGACGCCUCGCCCGCAUGGUCGGCGCGGUCCCUCCUCGCCCAAUUCGCCGCCGUCCUCGCCGCGCUCCUCCUCUUCCACGCCCUCUCCCCUUCCGUCCUCCCUCCUCCUGCUUCGGCCAUGCUCUCGGCCGUCGCCCCGACCCGGGUGACCCCCUCGCCGCCGCCGGUCCUCUCGACCGUCACGUCCCUCCUGCGCACGCCCGUCACGCACACGGUCACGGCGACAACGACCGUCGAGCGCACGUCGACGUCGACCGCGUACGUCAUGUCGACGCAGACCGAGCGUAUGACGAGCACCUCGGCCACGACGACGACGCGCACCGUCACCCUCGUCCUGUCGCCGUCCCCCUCCUCCUCUCCUUCCGCCUCGCUCGUCCCUCGCCACACGAAUGUCGUCGACGACCCUCUCCUCGCACCAACCGUCGCCCUCGCCGCGCCAACACCGGCGCUGACGGCCGCGCCGUACGCGCUCGCGCAGGAGACGGCGGCCGACCUCGUCGCGGCGGUGCGGCUGUGGGUCGAGCGGGGCAAGCUGCGGGCGCGAUCGUGGUGGAGCGUCGUGGUCGAGUACUUGCGGCUGUAGCGCGACGGCGGGCAAUGCAGUGCGAGAGGAAGAGAGAGGCGCACUUCAUCAGCUCG